AUGAGACGCGAACUGGUGUUCUUCUAUGGAUAUGAUCUUUCGUCGCUAUCACCGCAGCAGCGAAACACCAUUUUAAAUGCAUAUGAAGCGAAGUUAAUGAAUUCACCCGACUCCUUGACUCGGAACGUCGUGGAAGAUUUCGACGAAGAUAGUGCACUCGGCAUUCGGAGACCUGAUGGAGUUCAUUGUCCCCUGGUGGAAAUGCUGGAACCAUAUGAAAACGGAUACGAAGAUGAAAUCGAGGAAUUGCUUUUGCAAAAGAAGGCAGUGGGAAACCAAUUCACCGCAUCAUACGAUUAUGAAAAGUUAAACGAGAUUGAGAUAGAAAUUUUAAGAAGGCGGGACGCGAAAGUUCAAAGAUUAAUGAAGAUGAAACUUGAAGAUAAUUCAUGUGGUGAUGACGAAGAGCUGAAUCAAAAUGGGAAACGGAAGCUAAAAGAAGAUUACGAUGAACGCGAGAAUUCGAAUAAAAAACCCAAGAUUGAACGAUGUUCCGCUAGUACGACGCCAACCACACCGGUCGCAAAAUUGUCUAUUCCGUUCAUCCUUAACCCCGAGAGUCCGGUCGACACGGGUCCAAAAGAGAAAUCAUCCAAAAAACAAUAUUAUUUAUCACCCAUGGGCUUAUACAGAGAUUAUUUUGGGGUGGAAACUUUGGCCAAGGAAAAGGAAGCUGAAAUUCACGAAUUUUUUGGUCAAUUUGGGCGCGUUUCUCCUAUAUCAUCACCACCCGCUGACAGGAUGUCUGCAUCGACAUUUAGAUCCAGGAAAACCUCGUCACCGACUCGCUACUCGCAAAGUUACAAUAAUGAGGUUGGUUGUUCUUUGAAUGAUUUAGCUCGUCAAAGAAUUUCAAAGAAGGACGAGGCCAUUCGUAGAAAAGCCGAACAAGACCUGUCAAAAAGAAAUCAUGCCACUCGUAGACCGUCACAACGACAACCACAAAAGACCACGAAUGGAACUGUCACCUCAUUGAAACCUUCUCCGGCGCUCACUGUCAGAGAAAGUACUUUGGUCGUUGAAGCAUCACAACUUAUGGCAGCAAAACGUGCAGACUGUGUGCUCGUAAUAGAUGAUGAAGAACGUUUGUCUGGCAUCUUCACAGCAAAGGAUUUAGCCUUCAGGGUGGUGGGCGAUGGGUUAGACGCAAGAACAACUACUGUGUCAACAAUCAUGACAAGGAAUCCGAUGUGCGUAAAAAGUGAUACUUCCGCAACCGAUGCUCUCAACACAAUGGUUGCCCGUAGCUUUAGACAUCUUCCCGUAUGUAAUGAGGAUGGUGAUGUUGUCGGUCUACUGGAUAUAACUAAAUGCCUGUAUGAGGCAUUGGACAAAAUGGAGCGUGCCUACGGAUCAUCCAAAAAACUCUAUGAUGCUCUCGAAGGAGUUGAGAGGGAGUGGUCGAAUCAGCCAACACCAAUUCACCAAUAUUUGAAUGUGCUUCGUGAGAAAAUGGCAUGCCCGGAUUUAACCACGGUUUUAGACGGUUCGAUGCCGGCUGAGAUAGGAGUUAAGACGAGUGUGAGGGAUGCUGCACGUCUGAUGAGAGAGUAUCACACCACCGCAGUCUUGGUCAUGGAGCAUGGCGCGAUUGCCGGCAUUUUCACUAGCAAGGACAUUGUAUUGAGAGUAAUCGCGGCUGGCUUGGAUCCUUCGUCAUAUGGUCACUAUCUAAAUUUACCGGUAGUUGAUGGUGGCAGCAUUUUAGGGAUGGUCGACGUGCUGAAAUUGACGUAUGCAACCAUGGAACAGGUGUACAACAUGCAACACCAAGAGAAUGGUCAUGAAGCCGGUGGUCCCAUGUGGAAUAAAUUUUGGAAUUCCUUUGCUAACGAUGGUGAUAAUGAAUCUGUCCUUUCGGAUUCGAUAGCGCCGUCUCAAAGUGCUUCGAACAUUCCACCUUCACCACAUUCGCGCAUGCACAACUCUGGAAAUAUAUCUCCGGUUCCCGAGAUUCAUCCUAGCGAGUCCGCCUCGGUUAUGGAUGACGGCUCUCUGGCAUCUUUCCCCAGAGGUCACGAGGAAAAUCAUUUCACCUUCAAGUUCAAGGCGCCAAAUGGAAAAUCACAUCGUUUCACUGUUGAUUACACGAAAUUUGAAAAUAUACGUGCAACCGUGGCGUCCAAGCUUCCCCCCACAGUUAAAGAUUUUGCGAUCUCGUAUGUGGAUGAAGAUGAAGAUUAUGUUGCAAUGUCAUCCGAUGAGGAUGUGAUUGACGCUGUAGCAAUGGCUCAGCGUCAGGAUGCGACGCGCGUAAUUCUGUACAUUCAAGAAAUUUAUGAAAAGAAGUCGUCAAAAUCACGACAGGUCAGGGACGACGAAGAUGAUGAAGAGGAGAUCCACGAUCGAAAGAAACACAGCAGGAGGCGCAACAAGAAUGAUGAUUAUCAUCUACCAAUUCCACAGGAUUUGAUAUUGCCUGGCGCCCUUCUUACACUUGCCAUUGCAAUCACCACCGCGAAGGUUCAAAUUCGUACGCACGGUACCGAUGUUUUAGCGCGUCCAUUCAACGUCCUGGGAAUAGAGACUUCGUGUGAUGACACGGCAGUCGCGAUAGUGAAUUCCUCGCGAGAAAUAUUAAGCGAGUCAAUAAAACUUCAACACGAAAUUCACGAACCAGCGGGUGGUAUCACCCCUAACGUGGCGAUGAAAAGCCAUCAGAUCCACCUACCUGGAGUUGUGUGUGACGCCUUACUCAAAGGAAAUAUGGAUGUUGUCAAAGAUAUCGAUGUCAUUGCGGUUACAAGAGGUCCGGGACUGCCCGCGUGUUUGGCGAUCGGACUAAGCGCUGCAAAAACUUUGGCAGCCGAAGCGCACGCUCUAACGGCCCGCCUAACGCACACCAAAAUAAUACCCUUCCCCUACUUAACCCUUUUGAUUUCUGGUGGGCACACUCUGAUCUUGGUCACGCACGGAGUCAACAGACACACGCAACUUGGCACAACACUGGAUGACUCUAUAGGCGAUGCAUUUGAUAAGACUGCUCGAUUACUGAAGAUUCCUUGGUUAAAAGGCCGAGGUGGUGGCCCGGGAGCGGCAUUAGAACAAUUUGCAUUGGAUGGUACGUCGGAUAGAUACAAAGUUCCAAUACCGAUGAAAAAGGACCCGAGAAGGAGGCACGAGAUGAACCUAAGCUUCAGCGGAUUGAAAACGUCUAUGAAAGAUUUAAUCGAAAGAGAGCAAUUGGAUUUGGAAGAUGAAAAGGUCAGAAAGGAUUUGGCGGCAACCUUUCAGCGAACUGCAACCUGUCAUCUGAUCGAGAAAUUGGAGUUAGCGUUUGGUUGGUGCAGGACGAGAGAAAUUGACUUGAGCGCUUUGGUGGUUAGUGGCGGAGUGGCGAGCAAUAAGAGUAUCCGCGCGAGUUUAGAGAGAUUGGCAAACGAGCAAUUCAAUCUUCCUUUGAUCUGCCCACCUCCUCAUCUAUGCACUGAUAACGGUGCAAUGAUCGCUUGGGCUGGAGUUGAGAGGUUCCGUGCCGGUUUGAAGGAUGAUUAUAACAUUGAUCACAUGCCAAAAUGGCCGAUAGAGAACUUAUCAGGUGGAAUGAGUCCAUCUGCUCUAUGA